UUUGUGUGUGUUUUCUAACCAGCUGAAAAUGGCGGCGGCCCGGACCGUCGACAGCUCCUAACUUUUAUCGCACAAUAACAAACACCUCAAAAAUACUGGGCUUUUUUCCGCAUAACAUGGGGAGAAACCGUAUCCAGAGGCUACAGACGCGUUAGUUGGGGCACAUAACUUCCACCACACCGUCUUAGCGGAGUUUAAACAUAAAGACUAUGGACGAUCCUCACACACGGUACAGCAAACGACUGCGGACGGCUCCGCGAAGGCAGUACCAAGAUGAUGGAAUCUCAGACGAUGAGAUCGAAGGGAAACGAACCUUUGACCUGGAUGAGAAGCUGCAGUGUGAGAGGUUUGGCAGUGAUCUGGUCAAACACAUGGAGGGUAAAGAUUUUACAUACGAAUAUAUACAGAGAGAAGGGCUCAGGGACCCCAUUAUUUUUAAGACAACCGAUGGGCUUGGUAUACAAAUGCCAGACCCAGAUUUCAGUGUGAGUGAUGUCAAGUUAUUUGUUGGCAGUCGACGGAUUGUAGAUGUUAUGGACGUGAAUACCCAAAAGGGAAUUGAGAUGUCUAUGGCUCAGUGGCGACGCUACUAUGAGACGCCACCAUCGGAAAGAGAGAAACUCUACAAUGUGAUCAGCCUGGAGUUCAGCCACACCAGGCUGGAGAACCUGGUCAAACGACCAGCAUCAGUGGACCUUAUUGACUGGGUGGACAACAUGUGGCCUCGUCACCUGAAGGAGAGACAGAGAGACUCCACUAAUGCCAUUAUAGACAUGCAUUAUCCCAAAGUACAGAAGUACUGUCUCAUGAGUGUGCAGGGCUGCUUCACAGACUUCCACAUUGACUUUGGUGGAACUUCAGUCUGGUACCACAUUCUGCGAGGGGCAAAGGUGUUUUGGUUGAUUCCACCAACGCCUCAGAACCUGGACAUGUAUGAGAACUGGGUUUUAUCGGGAAAGCAGGGGGACAUCUUCUUGGGAGACAAGUGCUACGACUGCCAGAGGAUAGAGCUCCAGCAGGGCAACACCUUCAUAAUCCCAUCAGGAUGGAUCCAUGCUGUGUACACUCCAGAAGAUACUUUAGUGUUUGGGGGAAACUUUCUCCACAGCUUUAACAUCCCCAUGCAGCUCAACAUCUACAAUAUUGAAGACCGCACACGGGUGCCAGCAAAGUUCCGGUACCCAUUUUACUAUGAGAUGUGCUGGUACGUCAUAGAGAGAUACCUCUUCUGUCUGACCAACGUCUCCCACCUCACCCCGGAGUUCCAGAAAUAUUCGCUGGGCAUUGGACUGACUCGAGCAGAUGUCGGAAAUAACGAUCCCCCCAUUAAUGGCACCAAUGGGGUUGACGGUGAGGGUGAAGAAAAGCCGACGGCAGAAGAGGUCAAGGAAGAGGAGGGUGAUGAAGAGCUUGAAAACAAAGUAGGAUCAACUCGACCUGUGCUGACGCCUUUCGAACUGGAGGGACUGUGGAACCUCUUAGGGAAGCUGGAGGAGCUGCCGGCUCAUAAAAAGUGCGUCCCUGCAGGAAUCCGAAAUGCUGCAGCGCUGCUGGAGGACAUGAGGGCUGUUCUAAGGGAGUGUGCCGGUGACGACAUCAAACUGUCCUGCACUGGAGAGCCAAUUAUCAGGUGGCCUGAAAGGCCGUCAUGGUACCAGCCCCCCACACCUCCAGCACCUGUUAUUUAUCGUCCCCGCCUGGGUCCGUCUCUGCACAAAUCUAAGCGGUCUACCAAACACACUUCCAUUUCGGCGCUGCGGCGCAGGCGGGUGAGAUGCAAGCGAUGCUCCGCCUGCUGCAGGAAGGAGUGUGGAGACUGCCAGUACUGUCACGACAUGAGAAAAUUUGGUGGUCCUGGACGAAUGAAAAAGAGCUGCGUUAUGAGGCAAUGUCUAAUGCCUGCCUUGCCAAACACAGCCCGAUGUGCCGUUUGUGGAGAAGGAGAGUUUGACGAAUCAGAUCCCAGCACUUACUCUUUAAUGGAGUGCACUGCCUGUUCGCAGAUCGUACAUCGUCAGUGUGUUAAGGAACCCGGUGAGGGGAAGAUCAAUAAGGACCUGCCCAGCUGCUGGGAGUGUCCCAAAUGUUACCAAGGGAAUGACUCUGACUCAGAGUCUUCCAGUGAGGAGGAGAGUGAGGACUCAGAGGGCUCCACAUUCAUGCCACAGUCUAAACGUUCGUAUCAGGACGACGUUUGUGAGGAAGGUCCGAGUCGAGGGAAGCGAAGUCGACUGCACGGCCGACAAACGGCGCCGCCUCCCUCCCAGAAACUACUGCUGCAGCAUCAACAGAGGCGCAAACGAGAGAGUGCACUGGAGCACAGACUUAAGAAAAGGAUAAAAAUGGAGAGGAGCAAACUUUUAAGAAAACAGUCGUCUUUAGAUCGCUCUCCCCGGUUCCUGAGCUCCAGGAUGCUUUCUCGCUUGCACUCUCCAGUCAGCAGAGUCUCUCAGGGCCAAAUCCGGGGCUCCGCUUGGGCAACUGGUUCGUCUCACAGCAGCAUUCUGGGAGGCAAUGGAUCGUUUGGGCAGCAGAAGUCCUCCCACGGCCUGGUGCUUCAUCCCAAAGGAGAGCCCCGCAGGGGGCACGGAAGAGGUGUGAGGCUGCGAGGAGGAGGAGCGGGACGCGGCAUCAGAGGUGGAGGGAGACACCAUGAGCCAGAGGAGGACAGCGAGGACAGCAGCAGCAGCAGCAGCAGCACCAACAGCAGCAGCAGCGAGGAAGAGGAGGAGAGCGGGCUGAACAACGGGAGGGUGGGGGAUAAGGAGAACAGGCCACAGUUGAGGCAAGGGCACCCUGCCACAGAACAGGGUGAGUGUGGAAGUGGACUGGGCAACCAAAACGGAGGAGAAAAGGACGACGAAGAGGAGGAGACGGAAUACGACAUUCCAAAAGGGGACAAAGAUGGCUCGUUUAUUAAAGUGAUGCUUCAAAAGCCGCCCAGAGCAAAACAGGACUCCUCAGCUAUCGUCCCGAAAUUAGAGGCCGUCACCCCCCAAACUGCAGCUUCUGCAGCAGCCAACCAGAGCAAAGCCCUCCACAGACCCCCCAUCAGAAAUCGAGGGCCUUGUCCGGACCGAAACACAAACCGGGUGACGCCGCCGCGCACUCGGAGUAGACACACAGACUCUCGUUCUUCCAACCCAGACAGACUGGAAGCAUCGAAACAAACGAGAUCAACCAGACCAGCUAAACUUAGUAAUGGGGCUUCCUCCUCUUCAUCGUCUGAGCUUCAUCAUCUCAGAGUCCCCCUCUCCGCCCUGCAGGAAGGAGGGGGGGAAGCGGACAGGGAGAGCUGCGGGGGCGGUCCGAGCUGUGAGAGGGAGGUCUGGGUCUCCGUCUUUCGCUACUUAAACCGAACGGAUCUGUGUGUCUGCAUGGCGGUCUGCAAGAAUUGGUACAAAUGGUGUUUAGAUAAAAGGCUUUGGGCCCGAAUUGACCUGAGCAUCAAGCGCACAGUGACCCCUCAGGCCCUCACAGGCAUCAUAAAGAGACAACCCGUCACACUGGACCUCUCCUGGACGAACAUCUCCAAAAAACAGCUCAACUGGCUCAUUGGCCGCCUGCCUGGACUAAAGGAUUUGAUGCUGUCCGGUUGUUCCUGGUCGUCGAUUUCAGCUCUCUGCUCCACUGGCUGUCCUCUCCUUCGCUCUCUGGACCUGCGAAACGCAUACGGCGUCAAAGACGCACAGAUCAGGGAUUUGGUCAUACCUCCAGGCUGUGACAACCGCAGCCAGCUGAGGAACAUGCAGUGCUUGCGGCUUGCAGGUCUGGACAUCGGCGACCCCACCCUGCGGCUGGUGAUCCGCCACAUGCCCCAUUUAACUAAACUGGAUCUGUCCCACUGCAACAGCCUCACCGACCACUCCAUCAACCUGCUGACCGCGGUCGGCUCGUCCACCCGGAACACGCUGACCGAGCUCAACCUAGGAGGCUGCAGCAAACUGACAGACGCGUGUUUGAAGUAUCUGCGCCGCCUGUCAUGCAUCUCUCUGCUCGACCUGCGAGGCUGCAAAGGAGUUUCCAGAAAGGCCUGCGAGGCCUUUAUCUCUGAGCUGUCAGUCAACACACUCUACUGCCUAUCAGAUGAGAAACUGAUCCAGCGGAUAUCCUAGUCGCCUGCCUUCUCUCUGCGCUUUAGUGAUUUGAGAUGCAAAAAGCAGAGGGCGUGUCUCCAGACCCGACCCUACAGGGAAACUAGACUGCAGGAGGGGUGGGGUCUGAACUGGAGCGCUUGCUUACUUCACUGGUGUUUAGUAAAGGGAGGUGCUAAAGCAAGAUCAAUGCGUCUUACUUUUAUUUUAUUUUAUUUUUUUCUUCUGUGUACCUACAGAGACGCUCAGGAGCCUUUUUGCUGUUCAUUUUAGAAAUAAUUUUUGGAAAGAGCAUAUAAUUUUUUCAUUAACUGGAAUGGGAGACUGAUCAACUAGCUCAGUUUGUCCUGUGGAUGACCACCUUGACUUUUUUUUUUUUUUUUUGUAAAAAUAGUACCAGUGUUGGCUCUCAUCACAAACUUCUGCCUUUCAGAAUUAGUAAAGACUUUGAGUUGCAUCCUUGGGCUAUAAAUAAUUAUCUAUUAUGCUAAUCCAUCAUAAAAUCUUAUUUUCAUUGUGACAAAACAGAAUGGCUUCGACUUCAACUACAUUUGGGUGCUUCUAGUAGAUUUUUUUUUUCUUGUCUGGGUUAAAUUGUCAACAUUUGCUUUAUGCACAACAGCUAUGCUUGGCGAUUCUUUUUUUAUUUUUAUUUUUUAUCUAAACAUAAGUAAAAUCAUCGGACUACUGGAGUGGCCUGUGUUUACCAUUGCGCAUCCAGCUUUGUAAUUAAGACUUAUCGCAGCAGUUGUUAGGGGUAUCCAUUGUUGUAAAGCUUGAGAAGGUACAAAGACUGUGUGAGUAGGCAAUCAACAUAAUAACAAGACCUCACCCCGUGGAUGGGGCAGGUUGUAAUAAGUGCGGGGGAAAAGCCAAGGAUACGGUGGCAGAUAAAUGGUGCAUUUUCCAAACAGCAGUUCAACUUCAGGUGCUAUUAUUUUCAAACACGUAUUGUUUUGGUUUUUUUGUACAGACGUUGAAAGCAAAAAUAUUGUAGAUGAAACUGCUCCCCGGCCCUCUUUGAUACAAUUUUUUUUUUUUUUUUUUUUUUUAUUGAUGGGGGGGGGGGGGGGGGUAAAAAAAGUAGUCACUUUUGUUCACUUGUCUCUGUCUGUGUGGAGAUGCAAGAUUUUAUUUGGAGAAUUUUCGCAUUUGUUUUUGUUUCCUUUAAGUGUUAAAACUCUGAAACAAAGCUCUCCUCCUGGACUGCUCCCCUGGCCAUAUCCCUAAGAAUGAAUAUAAUUAUAUAAAUAUUUACUUUUGUGUAAAUGUGUUUUGUUUUUUUUUUUUUUUUUUUUGGCUUCCUCUUUUAGAUUAUAAACAGAUCGUGUAGCAUUGUAAUUAUUUUCAGAAGUUUUUUUUCACUUCAUGUUGUUAUUUUUCAAGAAAAAUAAAAAAAAGUUGACAUUGAUUUAUUUUAGCAUCUUUGCUAAGUUGAAAUGGCGACUCCACCUUACUUCUAACAUGUUGCAGGUCAAACUAAUUUUAAUGGGAUAAAAGUGACAAAUGCAGUUUUAAUUUUUCCUUCUUUUUUUUUUUUAAUGUAUAAAGUUUGUUUAAAUCAGCCUGACAGUACAUGAAGACCUAAUUUCCCUCCUAAUACUCAGAACUGGUUGCGUCACCUUUUGGUGCAAUGAGUUCUUCAUUCUGCUGUGAAGCAAUCUUGGCCCAUUCUUCUUGCCGAAUUAUUUUAAAACGGUCACUUUGGUGGAUUUUGAGGUGUAAUUGAAUGGCCUACACCCCAACUUUGACAAGGCUACUUCAGAAUCCUUGAUUCUGAGUGGCUGCUUAGUCCUGGUGUUCUACUGCAUUACCCAGUUGUGGUUUACUUCAAGCUCUUGAACUAAUGGGUGGACAUCGUCUUUCAGGGUUUUCUGAUGGAUGACUUGCGUUCCCUUCAGUUCAAGUUGUCCAGAAGAAGCAAAGCAGUCCAUGGCCGUCACCAUGUUGGAGUGUUGGUAGGAUUUUUCUUUUUUGUGAAAUGCACCAGAUAUAACUGGACACACACUUUCCAAAAAGUUCUGCAUCAGUCCAAGGAAGAUUUUCUGGAGUCUCUUUGGCAAAUGUGAGACUUGCAUUACUUUAGAGAUGUUAGUUGUUGUUGUUUUUCCCUAAUAGAUGCUAAUAUGCUCUUGGACUACCUCAAAUGGGGAAAAUUUCUCCUAUUUCAAUAUUUCUGCUAUUUCAUAGCACUAAAGUCCCAAGAUAUUAUAAAUUGCUUUUUAACCCUUGAGAAAAAAAGUCAGUGACGCUCUUUCUCAUCUGUUCCUUACAUUUGAGUAAGAUGUGCUGGUGUUUUUGCUCCUUUAGUCUACUUCUACUUUAUGCUACUUCAGCUCAGACAAUAAUCAGACCUGGGUGUGGCUGGUGAAAUUAGACCCAGCUUUUAAAAUGUGGCUAAUUAUAGUUAAUUUGUGAUUUUAAAAAAGGAGAAAAGGGGAUCUUAUGAAAUCAUUUCUAAAUUGAGUUUUUGCAUUUUUAAUUUACUUGAUCUGAAAAAUUUUAUGAAAAGAAAAAAAAAAAAAGCAAGAAGGGAAGAAAUCCGGAGGAAGUACUCUCUCACAGAUUUGCAUCGCUGGAUGACAGAAAUCCUGCCUCCAGGCUCCACCCAGCAGCAUCUCUCCGCCACCUGGAAACAAAGCCCCUUUAAACUAAAUAAACCGUUGCAGCAGCUUUGGGAGAGCUUGAUUGUUGCGGAGCUGAUCGCAGAGGAUCAGGGCUCACCGGACAGAUGCGUUAUUGGCAGCAGCUGGCAUCUUCUCAUCAGGCUGUGAACUGGAGUGACCUGGAUAUGGAAGCGGACUAAGGGGCCGUAUCUUGCUUUAUUUUGGUUACAACACUGCGAUGGAAACAGAGGAUGCUCUCAUCUGCACCGGGACAAGCUAGCUAACUUUAAUAUCAGGCGGUUUGAGCUAGAUUAUUUUAACUGCUACAGUAUAAGUAUUUAACAAAAAAAUAAAAAAAAUGAGAGGACAGUGCUAUGAGUUGCUUGUUGGUUAAACUCGUCCAUCCCGCAGUAUGGAAAACAGAAACUGAAAACAAUGUUGUUGGCUAGUUAGCUAAGGUUAGCCAGCUAGCUGCUAGUUAACUAGUGGGCUGAGUUAGCCUUCCUGACUCAGCCCACUAAUAGUUUUGCUGCUUCAUGUUAGUUACUACAAUAGAGUUGCCAAGUGGCAGUUUUUUUUCUUAGUGACACAACUUUUGGUGUCAGAGUGUAAGAUUUUUAAGUAAAAACCGAAGCUAGCUAGCUAACCAGCGGUGCCGAUCCAUUUUAACUGCGAUCUUUGUGGCUGUAAAAGUCUUUGUAAGAGUGUGUCAGCCAUGGCUCAGGAGGCCUUUCCCUUGCAUUUUUACGUCUGGAA